ACAUUUGUUAUACAUGUUUGUUUUAUUUCAUAGUGUAAUUCAGAUAUUCAGUGUGCUUUUAGCUGGUUUCUACUAAUUCCUAAGCAUAGUGUAGUACUUUAUUUUCCUGAUAGACAGCUGUAAUUAGCCUUUUGCCAAGUGCGCUACAUUUUUUAUCUUAAAUUAAAUGUCUUAAAUUUAAAUGCAAAUUCGAUUUGUGGCAAACUGAGAUAUGUUUUGAAAAACAACGCAAAAUAUGAACUUGCUGCAAACUCUAAGACAUUGAAAAAAGCCGGCUGCAUCCUGUCCUAAGUUUUCCACUAAUCAAAAUUCCGUUUAAAAAUCUGACCUUGAUGCAAAUUUGCAGCCACAUUCCCAACUUGAGCUAUAACUUUAUCAGCUUUAUCUCUGGCAAACAUUAAAGAUGUUUACUAUUCAUAGUAAUCUUGUUAUCAGAUCACUGCUGGCAAACUGUGGCGGAAAAACCGCAGAUAAACUCACUUCUCAUUAUUGCCACAAUGUUGGUGGAAAUUUGCCAUUAAUGGCCAAAUAUUUAUUUGCACACUAAUUUCUUUGCUACAAAUCACUCACAAGUUUGCCACAAAUCUGCUGCAACAGUUUGCUUUUGUAUGUGAUAAUGAGAGCAAUGACAACAGUAAAGCUGAGGACAGUAAAACUAAAAUGAGCUGAGAUAGUUUACAGUGAAAGGUUGUCACAAACAGCUCAAUUAAGCAGGAAAAAAUUGGAAACUGGAUGAUGAAAUUAGCUGCCUCACCAUGUCUGCUUUUUAAAACCUACUUUUAUAUGCAAAACAUUUUUUUAUUCUUUGUUCUUUUUAUGUAUUUGGAGUGUUUUUUCCUCAUUAUGUUUUCUGUGUCAUUUAUUCAUUUUUCCUUUUGUUUGAUUUUUGUGUUAUGUAAUGAUUCAGCCUGUUAAUUUUUGUAUUUUAAAUAUACAGGGUUACCAUCUCCUCACAGUCUCUCUCUGUCUGAACAAAUCUAACACCAAAUUGGAAGAAUAAGUGCAAAUAUGAUACAUCACAUGAUAUAUAGGUUAAAAUAUCCAUGAUGUAUAUGAAAUAUUUGGGCUAUUAUUGCACCCUUCUUCUGUGUUAAAUCUAAUUCUGUUACAGAUCCAGAUUAUGAUGUUCCGUUCCCCAGUGCAGAGGAAGGAGACCCUGGGAUGUCAGCAGGAAGACCCACAGAUGUAGAUGGUGAGACCUUCAGUCCAGGAGACGACUCAGCGUUUGAUCCAGCAACACACCAAGACGAGGGCAGCAAUCUGGUGGAUCCCAAACCAUCUCUGGUGGUUCAGAAACCGAGUUUGCUCGACUUACCUCGACACCCAGUGGACAGAGGCCUCUUCCAGUCCUACGCUUACACGGGAAACUCCUCCUCUUCGCUCAUUUUCAGACCCUUCAGUCUGAAGCCGGGGAGCAGGUACAUGUUGGAGGUCGCUGCCAAAUCUCCAAACAGCAUUCUGGGCCGGACUCAGCUGUUCCUACAAACCAACCCUGUUCCAAAGGGCAUGACGUGUCAGGUGCAGCCAGCUAAAGGAAUAGAAAUACACACACACUUCAGCAUCUUCUGCACAUCAGGGAGAGAGGAUUUACUGUAUGAGUACAGCUUCAGUAUGGGAGGCCGACCCCGCAGGACGCUGUACCAGGGGAGAGACUUCCAGCACUACUUCAGCCUUCCAUCAGGCGACCCCAGUGAUGACUAUAAAGUCACAAUUUUUACUGAGAUCAGAAGCGGCACAUCAGGGUCUGCCACCAAACCCUGUCCUGUCACCGUCCAAGUCCAACCGAGCUUCCUCAGACGCACCUCAUCUUCCUCUUCAGGUCAUGAUCCUGAUCUGGAGCUUUCAGAGUCAGGUUUGAGGAACCUGUCGUCUCUGGUGCAGCUCGGAAACACCGCAGAGAUCCGUAAUUACGUCAGUCUCCUCUCCAUCAUCCUGAACAGACUCAGCCUGGACGCUGAGGCCAACACACAAGUACAGAGUUACCUGCGCAACGUGCUAAUUUGCACAGUUUGUGAGCUUGAACAGGUUUCAAUAACAGACAACAUCUACAUCCUCGAAGACCUUCUUCAAGUUACUUGUCAGGUGACAUUAAUGAGUGCCAGACGAGUAACAGCUCAGGUUCAGAGUGUCUCAGAGCAGUUUUCUGAGUCCAGUCCUCCAGAUUAUACCAACCAGAAGAUGCUCAGCUCUCUCAUCAGCCUGCUUUCAUACAGUCUUCAGGCAGUCAUUAACUGCAGCUUCACACCUGAAACACCCAACAAUGUUGACAUUACACAAGCAUUGGAAUCACAUACUGGUAGAAAAGAUGCUCCUAAUUCCUGUUUACACGACUCUUCCGCUGGUCCUCACACCAGACAGCGAACAUCAACUCCAACAAAGCCAGUGGUGCAACUUGUGACUGAUACUCUGCAGACUGCUUCAGACCUGAUGCUGAAGUCCAUUCAGUUCCAUGAGACCAAGGAGCUCAGUGUGAGCACUGGUCUCAUGACUUUGUACGCUGCAUCCCAGAACCAAACCUCCACAGUCAUCAGCAGCGGCUCAACCACUUUCCACAUGCCUGAUUCUCUGAUCCAGAUUCUGUUUAAUCAUCACGGUGGAGUCACUGACCGGUUUCAGCAUCGACCAUGUGUCAUCGUAGUGCUGACUGAACUUUCCCGCAGCCCUUUCACCUGGGCCAGCUAUCCUGCACAGUUGAGUGGACCACUGGUUGACCUGAGUCUAUACAAGUGCAACACCAGGAGGAAGAUCCCUGUUCGCUCCCUCAUUCAGCCGAUCAUCACUGAGCUGCAUCAUCGACAAAGAAACAGGAGCUCUGUCAGUGAGUACAUCCUCCUGCGCAGCCAGGUCAACUACCACAGCUUCAACAUUACCCAGGAGCACUUGCAGCAGGCCAUCCAGCUGACUGUGGAGUUCAGACCACCAUCCACCAAGGCCUUUCCCAUCAUGCUGCUCUUCAGGAUGUUCGAGAAGCCAACUCCCAGCAUGCAUCACCUGCAGAGGGUUCACCGCUGGAAAAGCAACACAACACAUAUCACUCUACCACCAUCCUACCUCAAUGCUGCAGGGGUCGGUCACUUUGCUCUGCUCAACGCUGAUUUUGGGAAAGCACCCAGAAGCAAGCACCUGAGCGAACAGAUAAGCUACAGUCUCACGGUGGACAGCAGCCUGUGUUUGUCCUGGGACAGCCAGCAGGGGGCCUGGACACACCACGGCUGCAAGACACAGCAAGCGGACACAAGCCUCGCAGUCAAGUGCAGCUGCCACCAGUUGAGGCCGCUGACUGUGAUGCAGCAACAGAUCCAGAGCAGCCAUGAAACAGCUGAUCUGGACCCAUUCCUGAGUGCAUCCAGUGAUCUGACAGUGCUGGUUGUGCUGAUGUUGUGUUUGUGCCUGUACAUCCCGGGGUUGGUGGCGUGUAAGAGAGCUGAUGUCGUUUCUGAGGAGAACCGAAGAAUCCACCACCUUUCUGACAAUCCUCCAUCGGAUCCUCAUCUCUACGCUGUCACCGUCCACACUGGUCUCUGGUCUGCAGCCCAUAUGAGUGCAAAGGUUUACAUAGUGCUGUAUGGUGAAAACGGGACCUCGCAGACGAGAGAACUACAAGUCCCAAGAUGCACUCUGUUCAGGAGGAACUCUCAGGACACCUUUAUAGUGAGCUCAGCAGACAGCCUGGGCCCUCUGUGGGGGGUUCACAUCUGGCAUGACAACUCUGGACCCUCCCCGGAGUGGUACCUCAAACAAGUGGAGGUGUCUGAGGUGAGCAGAGGGUGUGUGAGGAGAUGGCUGUUUGUCGGUCAGUGCUGGUUGGCUGUGAAUAAAAGUGAUGGCCGAGUGGAGAGGGAGCUAUGUGUUUGCACUCAAGGACUAGGCUUUGCUAAGAUGUUGGGUCUCAAGUUAUCUGAAUACAUGACCGAUUUCCACAUCUGGAUGUCUGUGUACAGCUGCCCCUGCCCCAACUCUUUCACACACACCCAAAGACUUACCAUGUGUCUACUGCUGCUGUUGGGUUAUGCAUGUGUCAACACCGUCAUCAUAUCACAAAUGGAAGACCAGUUGCUGUUUAUCGAUAUGUCAGCUGUUUCUGUAACAACGGGACUUUUAAGUGUGUUUGCUGUGUUGCCCGGAGCAACAGUGGUAUCUUUGCUGUUUCGAAUGCGUGAGGUCAAGCUGAAAGGGUCAGGAGUCCAACAUGCAAAGAGCAAAAUAGCUGAAAAGGACUGUUUUGAAGUGAAUGAAUUUGAGUCUCAUCUCUCCUGGAGCAGCUGUCAGCAGUGGGACACCUACAGGAAGAAAUACCAGGACGCAGACCUCCAGUCAGUGUUCACUACGUUUCCAGAAAAUAAGGACACAGAUAAAGAACCCAUUUUCCAACCAGAUGUUGGUGAUGUAGCAUUAGACAGCAGUGUGGGGCCAGCUAUUCAAAAACUGUUGCUGAUUUCUAAAGGGACUGAUGCAGAUCGAGCAGCUCUGGGAAAAGACUUUGAGCUUUUAACUGAAGGCAACAGGUUUAACGGAACCCACAAAGGUUGUCUGACUGGUACAAGACAUGAAGAUGAAGAGGAGGUUCAACAGGAGAAAGACACUCAUGAAAGAUGUUCAUCAGACUGUCGCUUUGAGGAAGGAAGUCAUAUCCAAACAGCAAGACCUGGUCAACAGAGAGAGAGACGAUUCAGACCGACAUCCCAGUGGUGUCACCGUUUGGCCUGGACACUGUGUCUGCUGUUGUCUCUCUCCUGUUUGGUGCUUUCUGCAGUGCUGGGAAUGAGAUUCAGCAGCAGCAAGGCUCUGCUUUGGAUUCAUUCUCUUUUCUUCUCUCUGAUGUCUUGCAUCUUCCUCAUCCAGCCAGCUGUGAUACUUACCGCAGCUGUGGCUGUCUCCUGUUGGUACAGAAAAAGAUCCGACUUUUAUAGUUUCUCUAGUCUUGAGGCUUUAAAAAUGUGGAGACACACUAAUCAACCAGAAGAGCAAAUCACAUCAUCUGCUUUCCCCCAGAGAAGAUGCUCAUACCUUGACAAGCUGCUCGGAGCUCGUCGGCGAGCUCGCUUCCUGCGUCUCGUGCGCCCACCUACUCCGGCCGAGUUGAGGAAAAGUCGUAGGAAGAAAAGACGAGACACUCUCAUGUAUAAAACACUGAGGGAUUUGUCUCUCUGUGUCUUCAUGCUUCUCCUGAUGAUGUGUAUUACCUACAGCAGCUCAUUCAGUGACCAUUACCACCUCAACAGAGCUGUUAGAAGACACUUUAUGGGAAAUCAUGAUAAUGCUUUUAUGUCUAUACAAACGCAUGAGGACUGGUGGAAAUGGACACAGACAAGUCUGCCUGAUUUACUGUACAAGAGUGCAUCAUCCAAAACGGAGUCAUAUAUUGUGAUUGGAGAUCCAAUCCUGCAGAAAAUGGAGGUGUCCGACACAUUUCAGAGUAAGGUUUCCAUGGUAACACUGCCAAGGCUAUGUGGUCCCCUGGGCUGCUGCUCAGGACCGAAUGCCACAGUUGGCUUAGGCCACACAAAAUCUGACGCUGCAUCAAAACUGAAGCUUCUGCGUUCAGGUGGCUGGCUGGGUGGACAGACGGUGGCCCUGAAGGUUCAGUUCACCUUGUACAGCCCUGCAACAAACUUGUUCACCAGUGUGACGCUGCUCACUGAGCAGAGCCCCGCUGGAGUCCUGCUGCCUUCUGCCAAAGUCCAAUCAGUCAGAUUGUAUCACACUGCUGCUGUCUGGGACUAUGUUGUUAUGGUCUGCCAGCUCUUCUUCUUCGUCUUGUCUCUACUACAAAUCUGUCUUCAAGUGUCCAGUAUAUCACAACACGGGGUGAUGGGAUACUUAAGGAAACUUUGCAACUUGGUGGAAGUCAGUCUGCUGACGGUGACUAUAGUGUAUUAUGUCUAUCACAUCCAUCACUCCAUUGUUGUCACGGAAGUUGUGGAGCUGCUGCAGAGACACAGCUACAGAGGGCAUGUUGAUGUCGGCCUCCUGGCUACCUGGGAACAAUGUAUUCGUACUCUGCAGGGCAUUAUGGUCUUCCUCCUCACUGUGAAGUGUGUGACUGUGCUGAGGCUGAACAGGACCUUGGCUGUCUCUGCUACACUAUUUGCCCACUCACUCUCCAGCCUCUUAUGGCCAGCGAUUUCAGGUCUGAUCCUACUGGUGGCGCUGUCCUGUGUGGGGAAUCUGCUCUAUGUACAAAACUCCUGCUCCUUCGGCUCUGUUCUCAGCGCCUUUUGGUCUCUGCUCUGUCGCCAUCGAGGUCUUGGAGUCAACAACAGGCACCUCUUAUUCUCCGGGCGUGAUUUCUUUUACUAUGGAGUUCUGUGUCUGACCUCCACUCUGGUGUGGGCAGCAAUGGUGAUCGGUGUGGUGUCCUCAUUGGCCAGAGCUGUCAAAAGAUGUCAAAGCAGGAGGAACAUCUUCACCAUGGCAGAACUGGCCAGCUACAUUAGACAGAGAGUCUCUGAUUUCACUGGGAGGAAUAGACGGGCAUCAACCAGUAACAGUGAGGAGCAGAGGAUAUAUUACCUUGAGGAGUUUGAAAGCUCAGUGGAUGAGCUGUUGUUCAGACUCAACGCUCUCUCCAGCAGCCUGCACCACACUCUGCCCCCCAAAGCCCAUCGCUACAGAGAGGAGGACAGUCCCAUCAUCUCACCCAUAUCUGAACCCUCCGACAUGGACCCACAGGACUCCGUAGGGUCACAGAUGAUGAUGAUGAAAGAUGCUGCUGGUAUUGGAGGCCACACUGUGUCAAAUCUUGGAGAAACCCCACCUUCACCUCAUCUGGUCAGCUCUCAUGCUGAACUGAACAUCCUGCAGGUCCUUCAGCAGAGAAGCAAAAUGAGACACAAUCCCUCCUCGGACAAUGUUGUGGCAUCUAAUUAUAAAUUAAAGGAUGAAAGCCGUCUGUCUUGUCCAGAGCCAGCAUCACUUAAAAGACUUUGGAAAGGAGAUGUUCUAGAGAGGCAAGCUGACCAACAGAGUAAAACAAAUGACUGGUUAAGUGAAACUCAGCCCGCCCAUACAGAGGUGGUGGUGGAGGUUCUGGUUCAUGAUGAACAUGGGAGAGUAGAGCCAGAUAUCCACUAGAGCUCUACCCAGGAGAUUUUCUGUGCUGUAAAAAUGUAUAGAAUAUCACAAUAUUGUUUGGAGCCAAUGUCUUGUUUUCUGUUUUAUUUGAUAGGUUGUGUGUAAAAAUCAUAAAAUCUGUUUCUGGUGUUUCAUUAAACCCAGAAAAACUAAAGUCAUUGUUUUAAAGCUGCAUAUUUACACUACCGUCCAAAAGUUUAGGUUCAUCCAGACAAUUUCAUGUUUUCCAUGAAGACUCACACUUUUAUUUAUGUGCUAACAUAAUUGCACAAGGGUUUUCUCAUCAUCAAUUAGCCUUUCAACACAAUUAGCUAACACAAUGUAGCAUUAGAACACAGGAGUGAUGGUUGCUGGAAAUGUUCCUCUGUACCCCUAUGGAGAUAUUCCAUUAAAAAUCAGCUGUUUCCAGCUAGAAUAGUCAUUUACCUCCAGCCUCCCCACAACCCUUAUGAGGAUUAAGUAGUGUCUAGAUAAUGGAUGGAUGAAUGGACUACUUCACCCCACUAUAAUGCACGAUAAGGAUGAGAUCAGACAGUUCUGUUAUGUAGCUCAACCAAAUUAAUUUCAUGUUAUUGCAAAGACCCUAUUGACCUAUACUAUUAACUACGAAGAUUACCCUAAGUAAUUUGGUUAUAAUUCAAACAGGCUAAGACCCUGCAGUAUGAAUAAUUAUGGGAACAACCUGACUUACUUUAAACAAAGUUGUGACCCUACAAAAGUAGAAUUUCCUGGCUCUCCUAUAUGCCAGUUUAUGUUUGUUUUUGUGCAUUUUGUCAACCAUAUGAAGCAGGUAUAGAAAAUGGAUGGAUGGGUCUUUAAUCAAUUCUUAUUUUUUUCCCAACUGACAAAGGAAAUUAAAUCUGCAAUUAUUAAUUUUGUUCUAGAUAGAGAGAUAGAUACUUUAUUAAUCCCGAGGGCAUUAAAUCAUAGCGUAU